AUGAUGUUUGACUCAUGUAGAACCAACAUGGAGUGGAGACCCUUCAACAUCACAGCCCUACGACAUCACUGCCCUACGACCUCACUGCCCUACGACAUCACUGUCCUACGACCUCACAGCCCUACGACAUCACUGCCCUACGACAUCACUGCCCUACGACAUCACUGCCCUACGACAUCACAGCCCUACGUCAUCACUGCCCUACGACAUCACUGCCCUACGACAUCACAGCCCUACGACAUCACUGCCCUACGACAUUACUACCCUACGUCAUCACUACCCUACGACAUCACUGCCCUAUGA